AUGCCCACUCAACCUGUAAAUCAAAGCGGAAUUAUCAUAAAUACAUGUGGAUGGGUUAAACAACAAGGAUAUUUAGCGAUUACCCAUGCUGCUCAAGCAUUUGAAGUCGAUCUCAUAAUAGUUUUGGACCAAGAACGAGUGUAUAAUGAACUCAAAAGGGAUAUGCCACCGUUUGUUAAAGUUACUUUAUUACCCAAAUCAGGAGGGAUCGUAAGCCGAACCAAAACUUACAGAAGUCAAUGCAGAGAUAAAAGGAUCAAGGAAUAUUUUUAUGGUCAUAGCCAUUACAACAGUUCUAUCUCCUCACUUCUCCUUAACGAUAGGAAAUUUUUUCCUCACUCUUUUGAAGUUCGGUUUGACGAAGUUAAACUUUACCGGAUAGGCAACAAGCAAAAUGAAAUAUUACCCGAUUCUUGUCUACCUCUUGGGGUUAAAGUCAAGGAUCAAAAUAUGUCCCUUUUUCUUACUAAACCCAGUUUCGAUUUACUACAUCAUAUAGCUUCCUUAAGCAUGGCUCAAACAGAUUCCGAAGAAGAUAUUUUAAAUGCAAAUGUUGCUGGUUUCAUAUGCAUUACGGAUAUUAAAAUGGACAAAGAAACUAUGACGAUCUUAUCACCGCAAUCUAGACCGUUACCAUAUAACACUUUAUUAUUAAGCCAAAUACAGUUUAUUGAUUACACAUAAUGUUCUCAAUUUAAAUAUUAUUAUUUA